AGUGCACGGCUCAAGCUGUGACACCCGAAAUCUUCGACAAGGAUCUGGCAUGACGGGGAGCGAAUACAGCAGCUCCACAGCAGCUUCCUCGGACUGCCGCUACGAGCGGGCGCUGCGGCUGGCCGAGGCGCGCUUGGCGAAAGCAGCACGGAGCCCGGCGGCCAAAUUGGAGGCCCACCUGCACUGCGAGGCGCUGCAGGCAAAGCACGAGGCGAAAGAAAGGGCGCGACAGGAAUGGCUUGAGAGCUUCAGCAUGGAGAAGUCCGCGGAAUUCCAGGACAAACUUGAUGCUCACCGUGGUCGGUUGGAGCAAGCCAACAGCUUCAACAGGCAGAAGCAGGAGGAGUUGCUGGCUACUGCACAAGCCAAGGCUUUGGCACAGGAGGCCAAAGCGCAGGCCAUUGCGCAGCAGCGGGCAAAGGAGGAGGCCUUCAACCGGGAGCUUGGCGCCGAAAGAGACACGCGCAUCUUGACGACCAUCACGAAAGCAACCGUGCUAGAGCAAGAACGAGCGGAGACCAAGCGGCGCCAGCAGGAAGACCUGUCGCGUCGGCGCUUGAUGGUAGAGCUGAGCAACGCACGCGAGAGGGCAGCCUCCAGCGAUCGCCGGCGGGCACGGGAGGACAAGAUCGGCGCCUGUGUGCGUGCAUCAUCCCAGCAGGCGGAAGUACGACGCCGGGAGAAAGAGGUGCGGUUUCAGCAGAAGCGGGACCAGGCAGAGGCGGAAUGCCGGCGGCGCCAAGAGCUCAUGGAACAGGUGAAGCAGCUGCAGCAGGAGAGCUACUUCAAGGCGAAUCAGAUCAAGGAGAUGGCCUGGAAGGCACAGGUGCACAACAACCAUGACUUCCUCCGACAAGAGCUGGAGGCCCUGGUUCCUCGGCUCUCAUCAGCGCCCACCACGCCCCGCAGCCCUGCCACACUCCUGCCCACGCCGUCAGCCAAAGGCUCCUCGCCUCGGAACUCGACGCCCCGACUGGAGCGCUUCAUCCCGGCAACGUACGUCGCCACCUCCCCAAGGUAUGGCGCCACCUCGCCGAGGGCCAAGACGAGCACACUGGCGUCUCACUCGCCCGCCAGCGCAGCCUCGCUGGCAAGCUCCAGCUCAGGGUGUUUGGUGUCCCCCCGACCCAAGCCUCGCUUCGGCGCCUCUGCACAGUCUCUGGGGUCCACCCGGGCUUCUCUGCAGGCGUCCAACUCCGAGUUGGCAUGAGUGACGAAGCUUCGGGGCUCCGGCUCUAAGAGACGGGCGGGCCCCCAAAACGAAAUGGGGCCUCACCCCCGGUGUGCCAUUACGAAGCCGCGCUGUGGAGAGGGAGCCACUUACACUGGAUUGAAAGUAGAUGGCACA